AUGUCCAGCCAUGGCGUGCCUAGGAUUGAGCGUGACCGGAGUCCAGAGCAGCUGAAGAAAGACCUCGAGAAGAUCGACAAAUACCGAGCCCUUGAAAGCCAACUACGCGCUCAGACUCCGGAGUCGCGCUUCGAUUCGGCCACCUUGGAGCUGACCACAAAGCUCCUGCGCAUAAACCCCGAAUACUAUACUGUAUGGAAUGCGCGGCGACGUUGCCUAGUAUCCGGGCCUUUAAAAAGGGAAGAUAAGAGACCAUUACCAAAAGAUGCCUCGGAGCGCCACGACACGGGCGACUCGCCCAUCGAUGCGCCUCAGUCUUUGCCACAAACCGACUCUAGCGACAGUGAACUGACACGACGCCGACUUGCUACAGGCCAAGGUCACACGGAAAAGGACAGGGAACAGGACGACAGCGAUGGAGAUAACACUAGAAAGAAGACCUCCGAAGUCAUUCGAGACGAGCUUACAUUUACUGUGCCGCUGUUGAUGGCCCAUCCCAAGUGCUACUGGAUAUGGAACUACAGAAUGUGGACUCUGGAACAGGCCACAUCGUUGCUACCCGCCGAGAUUGCCAAGUCUAUUUGGCAAGAAGAGCUCCGGCUCGUGACCAAGAUGCUGGAACGGGACCGACGCAACUACCAUGCCUGGGCUUACCGGCGCUACGUUGUAUCUCACCUGGAGUCCACGAAGCUCCAGGGACAGAGCAUGGCAGAAUCGGAGUUUGCUUACACGACGAAAAUGAUUGGAAGCGACUUGUCAAACUUCUCCGCCUGGCAUAACCGCGCCCAGCUGAUACCAAGGCUGCUUGUGGAGCGCGAGGCGAAUGACACGUCGCGCAGAGCGUUUCUCGACCAAGAAUUUUCAAUGGUAGAUAAUGGGCUAAAUGUUGGCCCGGACGAUCAGUCACUAUGGUACUACCACCAGUACCUUAACUUGAAUGUCACUGAGCUGCCCGAAAAUCUAGCCAUUGUGCCUGGGAUGCUCGUUGAAGACCGAGCCAAGGUGCUCAGUCGCGAAAUUGACUUCAUCAAGGACCUUCUUGAGGACUACAAGGAUGUUAAGUGGAUAUUCGAAAUGCUACUUGAAUAUACACUGCUCUUGCAUAAACUUCGCAACCAGCCAGUCAGCAGCGAGCAAAAGAGUGAACUCGAGACCUGGGUAGCGAGCAUAAAGAAGCUUGAUCCCCAGCGGUCUAAUCGCUGGAGAGAAUUAGCAGAAGAACUAGAUGUUUCUCAAUAA